AUGGACUCGACGUACAAGGAGCCAAGCAGCGCCGCCGUGCCGACCAGCUACGCGGUGCUGAGCCUGCCGAGCAAGGCGACCAUGCGCCGGAAAGGUUACGACCCAGAUGAGGUGAACUACAACGGCGGCCUUGCCACCCACCCGCUCGCCACCUGGAAGACGUUCAGCCUGCCAGACGGGUGCACGUACAAGGAUGCCGUGUCGGCGGUGCAGAUGGCGAACGCGAAGCCGUGGGGACCGAUCAAGAUCCGCCUUAACUUCUCCGAUGGCCGGUACGAGCAGUUCGAGCGGGUGGCGCCGUCCGUCAUGGACUCACUUCAGAGCACCACGACGUACAGUCCCAAUGAUGUCUUCAAGGCAGAGACGCUCUCGCUGUCGACGAUGCGCCGCACGCAGCAGCAACCUCGUCUUCGCCCGCUGGUGGAUGAGCGCGGCCACCACCUUAGCAGCAAGCCCAUGCCACGCACCUUCGCUCCAGAGGAGCUCUACAAGAACUGCCCUCCGCCGGUUUUGUGCCAGCCCGGCUAUGACUUCACUCCGAUCAGCUAUAACACGUUCCUGCUGAACCCGCAGGACCCGCCACACGGGGUGCGCAACGUGCAGAGCAAUUUUAUGCACAGCAGCUGCGACUACCGCCCGCGCUCGUACCUCCGCCCGGAGGAGGCGACGGGGACUUCGCACGCCAGCCGCCACUGCCACUGCAACGAAGUGUUUCAGCUCGGCGACCACACGAUGGACUUUGCGGGCGAGGGGACGACGGUCAACCACCGCAACCGUCUCGUGAAGAAGGAUUACUCGCCCAUUGGUACGUUACAGGCGAACUCCUCCAUCGUUGGCCGCCGCCACGCCCGCAAGCCGCGCUUUGGCUGUACUGGAGUGGCGGCCAGCCAGACCGUCGCUGCCGCGGGCGCCCCAGCAGCCGACGAGGAGACGGCGUAG